CUCGACGUUCACCCUAAAAUCGGUUCCAACCCUACAUGACCCCAGGCUUGCCCCAACCAUGAAUCGUUCGACCCGUAUCAUCCUUCUUCUGGUCAUCGAUGUUCUCUUCUUCUUCGUCGAGCUCAUUGUCGGAUAUGCCGUCGGUUCAUUGGCUCUCGUUGCGGACAGCUUUCAUAUGUUGAACGAUGUUAUGAGUUUGGCCGUCGCUCUCUACGCAAUCAAACUCACCAAUCAGACUCAUACCGACUCUCGCUACUCCUAUGGCUGGCAUCGUGCGGAAAUUUUGGCCGCUUUGAUCAACGGUGUCUUCUUGCUUGCUCUGUGCUUCUCCAUCUUCCUCGAGGCAGUGGAGCGGUUUUUCAGCACCCCCGAAAUUAGCAACCCUCGCUUGGUAGUAUUGGUCGGAUCAUUGGGCCUUGCGUCCAACAUUGUAGGGCUGUUCCUGUUCCAUGAACAUGGGCAUGACCACGGACACGGCAAGGAGAGUCAUCCACUCUCCAAGCCUUCAAGCGUCCGUUCGAAUAGCGAUGCGGAGCGUGUCCCGCAGGCCAAGGUCACACAGCCCAAGAAGAUCUCGUCCACCUCCCGAGCCCGCUCUGACUCAGAAUCCUCAUAUUCGCUCUAUGGUCAUCCGGCGGCCACUCGUGCAUCCAUGGUGCAGGCAGCCCAGGAGAUUGCUUCCGCUCGUUCGCCAUCCCCGGUUGGUAUAAGGGGCAAGUCUCGCUCGCGGCGAUCUCGUUCGAGGCCUGGCCAGCAUGCGGAAGAAUCCGAUCAUGAGGAGACUCUGGCAACCUCAUCCGCCGGCGAAGCUCCUGCGGCUGACGAAAACACCCCGCUUUUGACUUCUGAGACUGCAUCCAGCACAUCGGAUUCGCACUCUGAGCACGACAAGCACACCCAUGGGAAAGGAAAGCACGGGCACUCACACGGGUCCAUGAACAUGCGUGCUCUUCUCCUACACGUGCUAGGAGAUGCGUUGGGGAACGUCGGCGUUAUUGCAACGGGUCUAGUCAUCUGGCGCACAACAUGGAGCUUCAAGUACUAUUUCGACCCAAUCAUCAGCUUGGUGAUUACUGUUAUUAUUUUCUCGUCCGCGUUACCGCUAGUGCGCAGCACGUCUUUCAUUCUGUUGCAGGGUGUUCCAUCAACGAUCGAUAUAGAAGAUGUCAAGGAAGCUAUCCUCGCAGUGGAUGGUGUGCUGUCGUUGCACGAACUUCACGUGUGGCAGCUCUCGGAGAGUAAGAUCGUCGCGUCCGUGCAUGUCAUGGCUUCCAGGAACCACGACUUCAUGCCUGUCGCUGCGGAGAUCAGGAAGGCGCUUCAUCAUCAAGGAAUUCAUUCAAGUACCAUUCAACCGGAAUACCAUAAUCCCCGGAACUCCCCGCCUGAAGAGCACCUCAAGACGUCAGAAGAGACGUCAUGCCUCAUUCUCUGCCCUCCGGAUGAAGAAUGCAACCCGUCCGAAAACGCCUGUUGUCCCCCGCCGCCCGUUGAUGUGUGAUACGGCUCAAACGUACAUAUCCGGAUUCCCCCCAUAUUUUACAUAUAGUGCAUGCCAUUGUAAUUUCAAUCUCGGAGCAAUCUACAAGUUACCCCAC